UCACAUUCAGAGAUCAUCAUAAUGCAUAAACGAAUCAUCUCUGCCUAAUUCCAUUGUGGCCACGUGGCAUUAAUCGAUUCUCGAGUUUCCGACAGCCAGAGAAAGUGUAGUAGUGUUUGUCUGAAUUAGAAAUUGUCUGAAACGUAGAGAGAGAUAGAAAGAGAGCGCUCUAAUUCAAUCAUCAAUGUCGACGGAACGAGAAGUAGUCUGUGUCACCGGCGCCAGUGGCUGCAUCGGCUCGUGGCUGGUCCAUCUGCUCCUCCACCGCGGCUACUCCGUCCACGCCACCGUGAAAAACCUCCAGGACGAGAAAGAGACAAAACAUCUAGAAGCUCUUGAAGGUGCUGCCACACGCCUCCAUCUUUUCGAGAUGGAUCUCCUACAAUACGACACCGUUUCCGCCGCCGUCAAUGGAUGCUCCGGCGUAUUCCACCUCGCAUCGCCCUGUAUCGUCGAUGAAGUCCAAGAUCCCCAGAAGCAACUACUUGACCCUGCGGUUAAAGGGACCAUAAAUGUACUGACGGCGGCGAAAGAAGCCGGUGUUAAGAGGGUUGUUGUGACGUCUUCGAUAUCUGCCAUAACUCCAAGUCCCAACUGGCCUGCCGAUAAGAUCAAGAAUGAGGAAUGUUGGGCAGAUCAAGACUACUGCAAGAAAAAUGGAUUAUGGUAUCCGCUGUCGAAGACUCUUGCUGAGAAGGCAGCUUGGGAAUUUGCAGAGCAGAAGGGAUUGGAUGUGGUUGUGGUGAAUCCAGGCACUGUCAUGGGGCCUGUGAUUCCUCCAUCUAUCAACGCUAGCAUGCUCAUGCUUCUACGCCUUCUUCAGGGGUGCACGGAGACAUACGAGAACUUCUUCAUGGGGUCGGUGCAUUUCAAGGAUGUGGCCUUAGCUCAUAUUCUUGUAUACGAGAAUCCAUCUGCGAAAGGAAGGCAUUUGUGCGUCGAGGCUAUCUCUCACUACGGUGAUUUUGUAGCCAAAGUUGCUGAGCUCUAUCCCAAUUACAGUGUCCCCAAGUUACCGAGAGAGACUCAACCGGGAUUACUUCGAUCUAAGAAUGCAGCCAAGAAGCUGAUGGAAUUGGGGUUAGAGUUCAGUUCCAUGGAGGACAUCAUCAAAGAAGGUGUGGAGAGUCUUAAAAGCAAAGGAUUUAUCUCUUAAAUUAUCUGCUUGAUUUAGCAAUGAACAAAUUACGGAGGCAACCAGAAUCAUUUCAUAUGAUAUACGAUUUACGCUUUUGUAAUAAAUAAGCUGGCCUAUGUUGUUGGACAUCCAACUAAUUUUUAUCAUGGUUUGGAUAAUAUAGAUGAUCUCUCUAAUAAGAUUCUUAAAUAUGA